AUGGCGGAGAGCGCUUUUGAACACAGUCAAUAUGAAAUCUUUGUACGACACAAACGAAAAGCAAGAUAUUUUGUGAACUUUUGUCUGAUUGCAUUUCAAGUGGGUGUCGCCAGUGUUGCCUACGUCUUCGUUGUUGAUCAUCUCCAAGAGAUAUUUCUCUACUUUAAAUUGAAUGUUGGACUGUCAACAAAGGAGUUACUUCUGGUUUAUACUAUUCCUGCUAUACUAAUUAAUUUUGUUCGUACUAUACGUACGGUGACCGUCAUUUGUUUGAUUGGCAAUGUUUUUAUUUUUGCUUCCAUAGGAUUGAUUCUUGGUGAGCUUUUCACUUCUGAACAUAAUUGGAAAAGUUUACCAUGGAUUACUUCUUUCGAUGGUGUUGUUGCAUCAGCUGGUUCCCUUUUGUAUUCGUUUGAAGGACAAGCUAUGGUCCUCCCACUGGAGAACAAAUUAAAACAUCCAGAAGAUAUGCUUGGAUUGACGGGAGUGCUCACCACAGGAAUGAGUCUCGUGACGAUCAUAUACACUUAUUGUGGCUUUUUUGGAUAUAUCACUUACGGAGAGAAUGUGCAAGGUAGCAUCACAUUGAAUCUUCCUGACUCAGGGCUAAACGUAGCCGUGAAAAUCCUGCUGGUGCUUGUGGUGUUUUUCGGGAACGUUCUACAAAUGUACGUCAUUAUUGAGAUGUUAUGGCCACCAUUAAGAAAUAAGUUGGAACUAAAAAAGAAGUCAAACACCACUAUACUCAUUCUGGAGUACUUGUUCAGAGCUGGCGUCGUAUGUUUUGCCAUGCUGUGGGCUAUUGCUAUUCCGAAUCUGCAAGAAAUUAUUCCUUUCGUGGAAAGUCAUCCUGGUGCCGGUAUCAUUGCUCCUGGAAGUGCUGGCAUCGCCGGAAGACCUGGUAUACCUGGCAUACCACCGGGUGGAAGCACUCCUAAUGGUGUCAGGCACCAAACUCGUGUAAUUGACAUCCCGAUUUGCGCCAUUGGAAGGUUGUUGGUUCUCCAGCUACCAUCAGCGUUACAUGUGAGCGCAGCGGUUAUUCCACCCAGUACAGGUGCGACCAAAGCAGCCAUUCGAGCAAGAAAUCCUGGCAAAGGUAUAACCGAUCCGGCCGCUACAGCUUGUACCAAGCCCGCGUUACACAUCAAACAAGCUGAGGAAUUUCAGUAG